GAAGUAUCCUGCAGCAUCCAGCUGCUGUUGCUGCUUCAUAAUACUCUCAUUACUGCCUUACUAACACACUGACGUCUUCUUCAGUUUAAAUGACCACAAUAUUUAGAUUUUUAUGAAGAUGCCAUCAGUGUGUGAGAGUAGUUGGUUGAACAACUUUUUUUUCCUAUAAGUAUGUUGAGUGAGGUGGUAGAGGAACGCUGGUUGACACUAACACUCACUCACAGUAAACAACUCUACAUCUACUCCAACUCUUUGAAAAGAUGGCCAAUCGCACUAUUGCACACAGACGUAAAUGGGCGCUAGACUUAGCAGGUCGGAGAGGAGAGCGUGGUAGUGAUAAUCUGCCUGCACCUCCAGGGUAUAGAAGUUCAAUUAAUCAAGUUCAUGCUGAAGCCAACAGACAAGGAGACCCAAACCUUGUCAUAAAAAAAGCUUGGGAUACUGCACUCAGUCCACUGAAGUCGGUAAGUUUAUAUGCUUAUACUGUAUCAGCCAUGGACACUAUAUUUUUUAAUACAUUACCUGGAGCCAGGGAUUUUGAAGGCUUUGAAGAUGAGCCCGAGUCAGUAGAGGAUAUUGUGUCCCUGGGAAAGACUUUGGGCCUAGAGGUGACUGAAGAUGAUGUGGAAGAGUUGGUGGAGGAGCAUAGAACUGAACUCACCACAGAAGAACUUUGCACUUUAGAUAUAUUAAAUAUUACUAAAUCCAUAAGAAAACUAUUACUCCUAUUUCUUUCUUUUUUUUUUUUUUUACAGAAACUCAUCUAUCUGUUGGGUAACUUAGUAAAUGUUGGUUUAGCAGUAUACAAAUGUCACAGUAUGGGCAUCCUGCCAACCCAUGCAUCAGACUGGCUGGCUUUCCAAGAACCUGCUAUCCAAAUGGAGUUUUCACAUGGUGGAAUGGCACUUUUGUAGGCCACAUAGAAGGGUAAACAAAUAUAUCUCUUAAGAGGUUUUCAUUGUGUGCAAGCCAUAUUUUUUAAUAGAUAUUUAUAAACAAUGUUCACUUUAAUGGUAAUUAAGAACUGGUCAAUUUAUAUUGAAAUGUUGUUAUAUUAAUGCUGGAAGUGAGAUUAAAAAUUUAUACAUAAAAAAUGAUCAUAGUAUGGACAAGUGAUCUUGUUCAUGUACCAUAUUUUUGUGUGUAUUUUUGUUUUGGAAGUUUCUGAAUAUGUCAGAUGUAUGCAAAAAAUUUUGUUAACUUCUAAUAUUGAAUAUAUUUAUGUAUGGUUUUAAAGAAGUGUUUAAAAGUUUGUUGUGGUGUAUAAUCUGGCCUUGCAACCUGUCAACAUGGUGUACAUAAUUGAAUGCAAGUGGUAAGACUAGGUGGAUGAGAGUUGUAUUUAUUGCUUCAAAACUGCAUUACCACUUUCAGCAGUGAUGUUGGAGCUAAAAAUACAAUGGCAUAUACUGUAUCCUUGUAUUAAAUAUAGGCAUGAUUUAAUCCAAGAUAGAUUUCUACUUGUCCUUUUGUAUUCAACCUUUUUUUUUUAAUUAGUACAGAAAAUGACCUAAUUCACAACUUGCAUGUCGUGUGUUCAUCACUGGAAAUGUACAAGAUAGUCAUAAUAUGACUCAAGUUAUUUGUGUAAAUGAGAUAUACUCUCAUAUCACAUAAAAACUCCAUAUUGGCUUUAGCACUUUACAUGAAUAAUAAUAAGAAAAAGGACCCUUAGAACCUAUUAUAUGCAGUGAACAUUUACUUUGAUUUUAAUUAAAUAGUUUUCUUGUGUAAAAUUUGAGAGUUAAGUUUUGAUGAUAUUCAGGCUUACAAGCAGAGUAACUGAAGGUUUAAUGCUAAACUUCGUUCACUGCCUGUUUGGAAAUUACAACACUGCUGAGAAUAAAUGACAAAAUUGCAUUACAAUAAAAUCUGUACUUAAUGCCUGCCAACUCUCCUCUUACAGCAUAAGGAAGUAAUACAUAUCCCAGGCAGCAACCUUUAAUAAUUUUUGUUUCAUUGCAUCAUGCUUUAAUUGUAUGAAUAAACAUGAACAAACAAGCUA